AUGGCGGUCCGGGGGUGCGCGCCGUCGUGGCUGCCGCUGCUGCUGCUGCUGCUGCUGCUGGCGACGGGCGCUGCGGGCGCGCGGUGGCGCGGGGAGGGCACCAGCCCGCACCUGCAGAGCAUCGUCCUGGGCCGCUGCGCGGAGUACAUCACGCUGCUGAGCCCCGAGUCCCGGGACAAGAACUGCACAGCCAUUUGGGAAGCCUUUAAAGUGGGGCUGGACAAGGAUCCCUGUUCUGUACUUCCCUCGGACUAUGACCUUUUUAUUAACCUCUCCGGGCACUCCCUUCCCAGAGACAAGUCCCUGUUCUGGGAAAAUAACCAACUCCUUGUUAGUAGCUAUGCAGAGAAUGCCCGUCGCUUUAUGGCCCUGGGUGAUGUUCUGUACGGCAGGAUUGGAGAUUUAAUGAGCUGGUGUCGACAGAAUAAUGCCUCCGGACCUGAUUACCAAUCCUGCCCUACAUCAGAAGACUGUGAAAACAAUCCUGUGGAUUCCUUUUGGAAAAGGGCAUCCAUGCAGUAUGCGAAGGAUAGUUCUGGGGUGAUCCAAGUCAUGUUGAAUGGUUCAGAACCAACAGGAGCCUAUCCCAUCAAAGGCUUUUUUGCAGAUUUUGAAAUUCCAUACUUGCAGAAGGAUAAAAUCACACGAAUUGAGAUCUGGGUUAUGCAUGAAAUCGGGGGACCCAGAGUGGAAUCCUGUGGAGAGGGCAGUGUGAAAGUCCUGGAAGACAGACUGGAGAAAAUGGGGUUUCAGCACAGCUGUAUUAAUGAUUACCUACCAGUGAAGCUCUUAAAGUGUGUGGACCACAGCACUCAUCCUGACUGUGCCUUAAAUUCGUGA